AUGAUUAUUUACAAUCUGUAUUCCUGGGAAAUUAGGUUUGGAAUUAGGUAUGGAAAAAGGAGACUAAACGUUGAGAGAACAAAAUGUAUGCAAGAGAUAGUCUGCGACUGCUCGGGGGUCCCAAAAAGAAGUAAUACACGGUCUUGCCGGUGUAGGUGCCCAGCGAUGAUAUGGUUGCUCCGGUCAAAAGACAACAGCUGGUACAUGACAUCCCAUAAUCACUCUCUUACAGAUAAGUCUGGCCAGAAACUAUACUCGUAG